CCUGCUGACUCCCAAGUUCGCUGCACGCUGCUGCUUCUGCUGCUGCUGUUACUGCGUCCCACAGAGGAGAGAGAGAGCCAAAGAUAGCUUCCGAUCUCUCCCCACCUCUCUCUCUUCCUCUCUUUUUCACUUAGUUUGUGGACGAUGGGAUUUUAAUCAUGUGGAAGACAGCUGAGCGGCUCUUCUGGAUUUCGCUGACGCUGCGCCUGGUCCCGCCUGGCCUCCUCUGAGCAGGAUGGACACUCUGGAGUCAGAGCUGACCUGCCCAAUCUGCCUGGAGCUCUUUGAAGACCCGCUACUGCUCCCCUGCGCCCACAGCCUGUGCUUUGGCUGCGCCCAUCGCAUCCUCAUUUCCCACUGUGCUACCAACGAAUCUGUUCAGAGCAUCGGCGCCUUCCAGUGCCCCACCUGUAGAUAUGUCAUUUCCCUGAGUCCGGAGCGUGGACUAGAAGGACUUAAGAGGAACGUGACCUUGCAGAACAUUAUUGAUAGAGUUCAGCGGGCAUCAUCUUCAGCUGGGGUGCCUCUCCCGCUGCCGUUGCCUGCGCCCCACAGCGGGCCCAACUCUCCCGGAGACGAAGGGAGCAACCGGUUGGCUCUGGUCCCAGUCAGUGCUGCCAUGUCGAGCCCAGGCACCCCUCCUGAGCCGGUCCAGUGCCAGUUCUGUGAGCAGGACCCACCGCAGGAUGCCGUCAAAACGUGUGUGACGUGUGAGGUGUCGUACUGCGAGGAGUGCCUCAGAGCGACGCACCCAAACAAGAAGCCGUUUACUGGCCAUAGGCUCAUAGAGCCCAUGCCAGACUCCCACCUCAGAGGGCUCCAGUGCCUCGAGCAUGAGGAGGAGAAGGUCAACAUGUACUGUGUCACUGAUGAUCAGCUCAUCUGCUCGCUGUGCAAACUGGUUGGGAGGCACAGAGACCACCAGGUAGCAGCACUGAGCGACCGCUUUGAAAAACUUAGGCAAGCCCUGGAUACCAACCUGAGCAAUCUGAUAAAGAGGAACAACGAGCUGGAGUCUCUUAUGGGGAAACUGAUCCAGACUUGUCAACAUGUAGAGGUGAACGCGUCCCGCCAGGAGGGCAAGCUGCUGGAGGAGUGUGAUGUCCUGAUUGACAUUAUUCAGCAGCGGAGGCAGAUCAUUGGCAACAAGAUCAAGGAGGGGAAGGCACAAAGGAUUCGGAAGCUCGCCCAACAGAUCUCAAACUGCAAGCAGUGCAUCGAGAGGUCCACCGCUCUCAUCACGCAAGCUGAUCAAACACUGAAAGAAACCGAUCAUGCUCGCUUCCUGCAAACUGCCAAGAGCAUCAACGAGAGGGUUUCUAUGGCGACUGCAUCGACCCAAGUGCUGAUCCCUGAGAUACACCUAACAGACACCUUUGACUCUGUUGCCCUGGACUUCACCAGAGAGAAGAAGUUGCUGGAGAAUCUGGAUUACCUUACAGCUCCGAGUGCUCCGUGCAUAAGGGAAGAGUUGUGUACGGCUUCCUACGACACCAUUUCUGUCCACUGGACGUCUGAUGAUGAGUUCACAGUGGUGUCCUAUGAGCUCCAGUACGCCAUCUUCACUGGACAGUCUAACAUUGCCAGUCUGUGUAACUCAUUGGAGAGCUGGAUGAUUGUUCCCAACAUCAAGCAGAACCACUACACAGUGCACGGUCUGCAGAGUGGCACCAAGUAUAUCUUUGUUGUCAAGGCCAUUAACCAAGCGGGAAGCAGAAGCAGUGAACCGGGGACUCUGAAGACCAACAGCCAGCCAUUCAAGCUGGACCCCAAGUCUGCCCACAAGAAGCUGAAGGUGUCCCACGAUAACCUGACAGUGGAACGGGAUGAAACCACAUCCAAGAAAGGCCACAGCCAGGAGCGUUUCUCCAGCCAGAACAGCUACGGCGUGGUGGGGAAUGUCUACAUCGACAGCGGCCGUCACUACUGGGAGGCUUUAAUUGGAGGGAGCACAUGGUACGCUGUGGGUAUAGCCUACAAAUCAGCCCCCAAGCACGAGUGGAUCGGCAAGAACUCAGCCUCCUGGGUGCUCUGCCGCUGCAACAACUCCUGGGUGGUUCGCCACAACAGCAAAGAGCUGGCUAUCGAGCCCUCGCCCCACCUGCGACGUGUCGGGGUCCUGUUGGACUACGAUGCCGGGUACGUGACCUUCUACGAUGCUGUGGGCUCCCAGCACUUGCACACAUUCCAUGUGUCUUUCGUCCAGCCUGUGUGUCCUGUGUUCAACGUGUGGAAUAAGUGUUUGACGAUUCUCACUGGUCUACCCAUCCCUGACCACCUAGAGGGACUGGAGCCCGACAACUGAGAACUAUAUAAACAAGAAUAAAUCAGCAUGAACUGGUCUUAAUUAUUUUUUUAAAGCUGCACUGGGCAAGAUUUGUGAAAAAUGUUACCUUUACGGAGAACCAAGGAAAGUCCCACCCUUCCUAACAGUAACAACUAAUGGGUAUGAUUAGCUUUGUUGAUAGACAGCUGUGUCAACAUGCUGGAAAAUGGUGCCCACUGCCCACCCUCUGGUCUCCACUGGUUAGCUAGUCUUAGCCACUCUGGGAACUAGCUAGCAGCACCGCUCAUCUACAAUAACCACUGGUCCCAUUGCUGUGUAAACAUGAAGGCCACCAUCUGGUCGCCCCAAUAAUUAAGCAAUUUUGUUUUGAGCUGCAAAACCCCUUUUGAAUUGUUAAUGAUGUUAGCACCACUAGCUAUGCUGACACUGCUUCUGGUGCUAACAGAGCUAACAUUAAGGUAACAAUGCUAAAGGGAGGUUGCAGCUCAAAAUUCCUGGGGGGACACCAGAGAGUGCGUGCAGUAUUUCUACAGCAACACUGCUGGUGCGGGACAGCAUUACUUGAAGUAACCACUAAAUGAGCAACACCAGGCCGGGGUGUCAUCUCAGACCGGCUGGUUUGGUUAAAAAAGUAAUGAGCAUGUAAGUAGAGAUAAUUUUAUCAUUCCAAAUUAUCGUAACAUUUACUACACUGCAAAAUUACCUAGUGCAGCUUUAAAUUGCCAAGAAAAAAAAUGAGAUGCCUGGAGUAUUAUGUUAUUGCGCUUUUUUAAAGUGAUUUUCAGUUGUUUACUUUGAUUUCUAAAAGCAAAUAUGGCACCGCUUCAUGCCAUCUUUGACUCCUAGUAAAACCUUUUCUGGAUAGAAGACAAUAUGCUGGAGUAAGUCUAGAAGAAACCAGGAUAAAUGGACAGAGUUGAGCCAGAAAUUCCUACUUUGAGGCACUUUGGGCCACGAUAGGUGCAUUUGUACCAUGGCAACUAGGAAACAAGCCACAAAUCAAUUUCUAAUUUUCUUUUUCUUUUCUUUUCUUUUUUUUUACACCACCUUAUCAAAUAUAGCACUUUGAGAGUCUCUGAAAAUACCAAUACAUACACUGCAUACACACAUGAAAAGAAAUAUGAGUAUAUACAUAUAAACUACCCCAACUUUAAUCAGUCAUAGUUGCUGGAAAGAGCAGAAUAACAUGUACAUUUUGUAAAUUCAACACAAACCUCCCCCUAUUUUUCUCUCCUUCAUUAAAAAGGAACCAAAGUAGCCAUUGCUGUCUAUUCAGAUGACUUUACUUAAAUUUUACAUAAGUUAAUAAAUGCUGAAUUAUUUUUAAAAGUGACAGAGAGGAAAUAGCAUAAUGCUAAUAUUAAAUGCAGAAUUCCCUUAAAUGUAGACCUUGUUUUUGCACAUUUAUUGAUGCUUUUGUAGUUUAAAAAUUAAUUUUGGUGCAAUUAACAUGUAUUUGUGGGAAAGUGUUGUGUUCUGUUUGACUGAUUGUGUAAAUUUUCUUUUUUUGUUGGCAAGCAGUCCUGCCAUUAUGAGUCCUGCCAUUAUGAUUUCAUGUGAUGCAUUAUAUGGGAGUUGUGUUAGAGUUGUAGCCCCAGGCUAUUAUUGGAGCUGAGAGGUAAAAAUGCACAGUUGAGUGGAAUUUUUUUUCUAUUAAAUAAGGUUUAGUGAUACAUAUUUGUGCUGGUGUGCCAACACUCCAGAAUCAUUAAUUUGCUUUUAACAAAACGUGUCUUUCCAUUCCUGAUAUAUUCAGUUUUGCAAGUCAUUUUUACACUGAGGUUCUAUUUAAUCAAAUCUACAUGCAGAGUAUUGUUUUAAAAGGUUGAAUCACACCAUCCUUCACUUAAGUAUCAUUGAGGAAGCAAUGCACAUGGGGCUGUCCUCAGACUUGUUGCACAUUUAUGGUGUCAAAACGGUGCACAAAACUCUUCACUUCAGUCACUGGCUGCAUCUUUAUUAAGUUUUUCUUAAUUCCUUACCAUUUAAAAAGGGACAAAAUGGCCUAAAUCAGAUUCAGCCACUGAUUGUUAAUGGUCAAGACCCUUCCGACAAAACCUCCCAAGGGAAUGUUGUCAAUACUAUAUCCUAUAAUUCAAUAUUGUGUAAUAUGUAAUGUUUAACAGUGACAAAAAAAGGCACUCCUCAGUGUAAAUACAAAGAUUUGGUUGUAUUUCUCAAUGUCGCUUUGUUUCAAUACCUGGUACACUUAAAAUAAUUACAACAAAUCUCUUCUUUAAUUCUGUGUUUCCUUGGCAAUCAAUUGAACUGUAUGUUAUCAUUGUAUCAAAUAUGUAGUGCUUAAUUUAAUGUUUCCAUUUGAACUUUUUAUGACCAUGGUGUUAUAUGUUCCGUCUCUGUGAACAUUUUUAUGGAAAACAAGAUAUGAGUGCUUGCAUCACUGUUGUCUGAGAUAAAUCUAUGAGAAGGUCAAAAAAUAAACGUUGUUCCUUUUCACAUUAAAGUGUGCAAUUCUUCAUACAGUGAAGCAAA